GCUCUUUUCUUCUCUCUUCACGUGAGUGGUCGUGAUUCACUGCGUUGUAUGUGCAGCGAUUACCCCUCCCUCAACUCACACACACACACAACUGUACGGUCAUUCAUUUCUUCUUAUUCCAGCGCCGAUGCUUACCCAGUACCUUCGCAAGCGUGUCUCUGUCGUCACCGUGGACGGCCGCAAUCUCGUCGGGGUGCUGCACGCUGCGGAUCAGCUGCUCAACGUCGUUCUCACCUCGUGUGUGGAGCGGGUGGGGGCGCCGUACGAUGCGGCGGACGUAGACGCAGAUGGAGACACAGAAGGAGGCGAAGGCCGCUCCAUCAUCCGUGGCGCCACCAGCGGUGCGGCGUCCUCCUCUUUUAGUCCCAUGGAAGAGGUCCAACUCGGUGCGGUGAUGUUGCGCGGCGCCGACGUCGUCUCCAUCGCCGUCAUCGACGUGUACGAGGAGGCGGGCACGAAUGUGAAGGAGUGGCGUGGACGAGACAUGCCGCCCGUGGCCACCACCAUGUGCAAACCCUGA